UUUGAUGAAUUUCUGCGUCGCCUCAGCGCUCUGCCGCCCUCCGACUCGGAGGAGCCCGCGACGAAUGAGUUGCCCGUCGGCCUUCUGCCCUGCGGCCAGCCCCGUCUCUCGGACUACCACUUUGACGGGGAAAAGGCCUGUUGGGUACCGUGGGAUAAUCUCGUGCAGACCUACGUCUAUGAUGAGAACAGACGGUUCAGUGACAUUCUUGUGCCCACAAAGGAGACCGUCCGCCUAAACUGGCUCCUUCAACAGUCCCUGGUUUCAUCUCGGCCCAUCUGUCUGGUCGGUCAGACGGGCACUUCGAAAACGGCGGCGCUGACGCAUAUGGUGGAUUUCUCUUCGCGAACUUCCUCUUUGGACGUUGUGCGCAAUUUGGAGGCACAUUUGGAAAGGCGGGGCAAGGGUGUCUAUGGUCCCGCCUCCGGAAGGCGUCUACUUGUCUUCAUAGACGACAUGAACAUGCCCGAGCCAGACUUGUACGGGACUCAGCAGCCAAUAGCCUUGCUGCAGCUCCUGCUCAGCCAGAACGGCCUCUACGACCGAGGCAAAGAACUGAACUGGAGGAAGCUCCUUGACAUCGACUAUCUUGCAGCCAUGGGCAAUCCUGGUGGUGGAAGACACGAAGUCAACCCACGCUUCAUCUCCCUCUUUUCUAUUUACAAUGUUGUUAGGCCUGGCGAAGAGACGAUGGCCCAGAUAUUCAAUUCUAUCCUCUCAGGUUUUACGCAAAGCUUUGAUCCGUCUGUCAAUCAGAUCGUUCCUGUCAUUACUCAAAUGACCCUUAGUGUCUACAGGUUUGCACUGCAAAAACUGCCCCCAACGCCUAUCAAGUUCCACUACAUUUAUAACCUGCGAGAUUUGAGUCGAUUGUACUGUGGUCUGUGUCAGAUGACGGUGACACAUUUCACGGCGGUUGACCAAGUCGUCCGACUUUGGAAGCACGAGACACUUCGUGUCUUUUCCGACCGUCUCAUCACGGAGGAGGAUAAGGAGUUACUGAAGGCCAAAGUUGAAGAACAAAUUACAGAAAACUUUCCGGAAGACAGUGAGCACAUAAACUCAGAGCCGCUUAUCUUUGGAGACUACCGUCUGGCGCUGGAAGAAGCGGAGGUCCGUUCAUACGAAGAGAUCCCGGACUACGACACUGUUCGAACAAUAUUUACCGAGAUUAUGGAAACAUUUAAUGAGCGUGAACGGAAGAUGAAUCUUGUACUUUUUGAUGAUGCCCUGGAUCACCUGAGUCGUUUACAACGCAUCAUCCGGAUGGACCGGGGUCACGCAAUGGCAGCGGGCGUUGGUGGCUCUGGCAAGACCAGCCUUAUCCAGUUGGCCACCUUUACGGCCGGCUACGAGUUCUUCCAGGUCACUUUGUAUCGUGGUUAUUCGGAGAAGGAUUUUCGUGAAGACCUAAAGACUCUCUAUGUACAAUUAGGACAGCGGAAAAAACCUACAGUCUUCUUCUUCUCGGAUGAUCAUGCUGUCAACGAAGGAUUCUUCGAGCUACUCAACAACAUGCUCACUUCAGGCCUUGUGCCCGCGUUGUUUCCGGAUGAUGAGAAAGAAGCUAUUAUAGCUGACCUCCGCACUGGAAACGCUGAAUUAGGUCCGGAGGCAACCAAGGAAGCUGUAUGGAACUACUUUGUAGAGAGGGCUUUUGCCAAUUUGCACAUCAUCUUAUCCCUGAGUCCCGUUGGUGACAAAUUGCGAACUCGCUGUCGAAACUUCCCUGGAAUCGUUAACAACACAACGAUUGACUGGUUCUUCCCCUGGCCAGAAAAAGCUCUCUAUGCAGUCGCUGAGACCCUUGUUCCGCCUGCAGUUGAGUUACCACCACCAGAACAACGCGCCUCGGUCAUCGACUUUAUCGUUCAUGUUCACUUGAGUGUCCAGAAGUACACAAAGGAUUUCCUUCAGAAGUGGCGUCGAGUCAACUACGUCACACCCAAACAUUACCUCGACUUCAUAAAAAAUUACUUCAGUCUACAUACUGAGAAGAGUACUCACAACAAAGCCCUCUGCGAACGCCUUCAGGGCGGUCUAACCAAACUGGAGGAGGCUGCUGUGCAGACUGACGAACUGAAGAAAAAACUGGACAUCCAACGGGUGGCUGUUGCCCAGCAGACUGCCGCCUGUGAAGAACUGCUUACCGACAUCACUGAGGGUCAGAAGCUGGCCACAGAGAAGAAGGAGUUGGCUCUCGUAAAGGGGAAGGACAUUGAACAGCAAGCGGUAGAAAUUGGCGUGGAAAAGAAAGAAGCCGAGACGGCACUUGCUAAUGCUAUUCCAGCACUGGAACAGGCAAGACUCGCGCUGGACGACCUGGAGAAGUCUGACGUCACAGAAAUACGAUCUUUUGCAAAACCGCCGAGACCAGUUCAAGUGAUCUCCGAGUGUAUUUGUGUGUUUAAAGGUUACAAGGAGAUCUCCUGGAAGACUGCCAAGGGCAUGAUGGCUGACACCAGUUUCCUGCAAUCCCUGCAAACCAUGGAUGUAGAUGGCAUUACCGCCAAACAGACGGCUGUCGUAAAGGAUUAUCUUGAAAGGUCCAAGGUCACCCUUGACGAGAUGCGUCAGGUGAGUCGGGCUGGUGCCGGUCUCUUGAAGUUUGUCAACGCCGUCCUCGGUUACUGUUCUGUGGCAAGGGAAGUCAAACCGAAGCGCGACAAAGUGGCGAGGCUUGAGAAGCACUUCCAUCAGACAAAAUCUGACCUAGAGCAGAUCAAUAAAGAGGUCGGUAAACUAGAGGCGGAGCUGAAGAAGCUCUCUGUCAACUACCGAAAUGCAGUGGACCAACGGCAGAAAUUACAAGAGGAAACGGAACUGAUGGAACGGCGCCUAAAGGCUGCCGCAACACUCAUCAGCGGACUGGCCUCUGAGUCGGUGCGUUGGAAGAAUGACCUAAUCAGCCUGAAGGAAUGUCGACCUGUCCUUCUGGGCGACUGUCUUGUCUCAGCCGCUUUUCUCAGCUACGCCGGUGCGUUCUCCUCGGACUACAGACACCGUAUGAUCUAUGAGGACUGGUGCGUAGACGCGCAAACGCGCGAGAUUCCGAUCACGAGUGGUUUUCGUCUUCAGAGUCUCCUAACAGACGAUGUAACUGUCUCUCGGUGGAACAGUGAGGGUUUGCCACCCGAUGAGCUGAGUACUCAGAAUGGUAUUCUUACAACCAAGGCCUCUCGCUUCCCGAUUUGUAUUGAUCCUCAGCAGCAAGCCCUUAAGUGGAUCAAAACAAUGGAGACACCCAACAACUUGAAGGUUGCCACCUUCAGCGAUCCGGACUUCCUGAAGCAACUUGAAUUAGCAAUAAAGUACGGAAUCCCGUUCCUCUUACAAGAUGUUGAGGAAUUCAUUGACCCCGUGAUCAAUAAUAUUCUUGAGAAGAACAUUCUGGGCGACCAGAAUCGUCAAGUUGUCGUAUUGGGGGACAAAGAAGUCGACUUCGAUCCGAAUUUCCGUUUGUACUUGAAUACCAAAUUGCCUAAUCCGAAAUAUGGUCCGAACAUUUUUGGCAGUGCAAUAAUCAUUAAUUGUACUGUCACUCUGAAGGGUCUUGAGGAUCAACUUCUCAGUGUCAUUGUCAAACAUGAACGUCAGGCCCUCGAGGAACAACGAGAACGACUGAUUCUCAAAACAAGCGAGAACAAGCAACUGUUAAAGGACCUUGAAGACACUCUCCUUCGAGAAUUAGCCACAAGUACUGGCAACAUGCUGGACAAUAUGGACUUGGUAAAUACCAUGGAGGAAACGAAAAAGAAGGUGACUGAUGUCUCUGAGAAACUGAAACUUGCCGCAACUACAGCAGUAGAUGUGGAAAAGUUGCGUGACGCCUACCGACCAGUUGCCAGGCGCGGAGCCAUCCUCUUCUUCGUCCUCUCUGACCUGGCGGUGGUCAAUCCCAUGUACCAAUUUUCCCUUCCGGCUUAUCUGAGCGUCUUUGAGCCAGCCCUGAGAAAGAGCAUGCCUGAUAACAACUUCCAGAAACGUCUGGACAAAAUGAUGCACGUGGUCACCAUGAGUGUCUACAUUUACGGUUGUAUGGGUAAGUAA